UUUUGACGUUUAACAACUAAGUUUAGAAAAUUCAUAAAAUUAUGUUUAAACGAGUGAUUGUGCGUUAAGAAGUUAACCAAAUCGAGUUGAUUGAACUAAAUACUCCACAAAAUUGUGUCUAAUUGGGGCAAAUGAAUUUAGUGCAAACAGCGUUCAACAAUAGAUAAGUAAACGGACACGUAAACGUGAGAAACAGCUAAUCGAUUUGCAUCAUGGCUAGGCAGCGACGCAAUGUCAACACAGCCGGUGUAGGCACAAACUCAAACAAUAUUAAUAACACAAAUAAUACAGCUACAGCUAGCAAUCCGCAAACACCUACAAACAAUAACAGCAAAAGUACCAAAAAUUCGGGAAAACACAAAAAGAAUGAUUCAAACUCUACUCACAGCAGUGGCGGCAAUAGCGGCUCAAGUUCUAGUACGAUUUCUUCGUCAACGUCUGGGGCGAAUAAAAAUAAGGGAGCACAUAAAAAACGUAGCAGUUUCUCGCUGUGGCCCAAAUUAAUGUUGGAUAAAUGGAAGACACUGAUUGGUUUUGUUUGUUUGGGUGUAGCGUCCUAUUUUGGCUACUUAGGUUACCUGGAAACUCGUGUAAACACGCCGUUUGAUAAUGAAAAAAUGGUGACACGCUCAGGGUUGGACGAUCCGGAACGCUAUUGGGGCUCCUAUCGGCCACUUACAUAUUUCGGUAUGAAAACACGCGAUCCACACUCGCUAGUAAUGGGUUUGAUGUGGUAUACACCGUCCAAUUUGGGACACGGCGGUAGAGGCAUACGACAUUGGUGUGAAAUCGGUGAUAAUCUCGACAAAUACGGCUGGACGCAUCAUGAUGGACGUACAUUUGGUGUGCAAGAAAUACACGAUCUGCCAUUCGAGUUGAAAACUUCAUUUAUUAAGUAUCCUGGUGGCAGAAAACUGGGUGGCGAUUGGACAGCGCGUAUUUCUGUGCGUAAUGUAACGAAAACCUGGGAUCACUCGAUAUCUCUAAUUUGGUAUGUGGCGCUCGAUGAGCGCACAAAUGGUCAUAUUAGGUAUCUUUCAAACGACAACAGUCCCGAAGCAGGUGUCUAUGGCGAGACACUGGGUCUGGGCGAAUUCAAGUUGCGUUUUCAACCAAUUAAAGGCAGAAUACUGCACAAAUCCUAUUUGAGCACAGUGGCACCGUCGCUUAGCAAAUUAAAGGAAACCGUUUUUUCACACUUCCGUGUAUUUACGGAUAAACGUGACAACCGUUUUGUCGGUUUACCCGGUGAAAUGAUCUCACAAAACGGUGUAGUUGCAGCUGAUCCCAAUUUUAUUGCCAUACAAAUCACCGCCGAAGUGGAUUUCACCAUGGAUAUUAUAUACCAAUCCACUACCGGAUAUUCGAAUGAGAAUGUGUCAAAGCCGCCAACAGGCAGGGCAUUUACAAAUGCCUUACAAGAGAAAUUAUCCGAGUUCGAUAAACGAUUUGAGGACACAUUCCAUUUGUUUGCCGAGGGUUAUUCAGCCAAUGAAAUCAAAUUUGCCAAAUAUGCCGUUAGCAAUUUGAUAGGUGGUAUUGGUUACUUUUAUGGCUCCAGUAAAGUGAAAUCAGUUUAUACGAAGAAACCAGUACCAUACUGGAAAGCACCGCUUUACACCUCCGUUCCGUCGCGUUCCUUCUUUCCACGUGGCUUCUUGUGGGAUGAAGGUUUUCAAGCACUCGUCAUAUCCUCAUGGGACCUGGACAUUGCGCUGGAUAUCAUGUGCCAUUGGUUCGAUUUGUUGAACAUAGAAGGCUGGAUACCCAGAGAACAGAUCUUAGGCGUCGAGGCACUAGCUAAAGUACCGGAGGAAUUUGUUGUACAGCAUAACACCAACGCCAAUCCUCCCACAUUUUUCCUCACAUUAGACAAAAUACUCACACAUCAUAAAAAGGAGCUGUCGGUAAAAGGACGGCUCGACGUAUUGGAGCGACUCUAUCCACGUCUGCAAACCUGGUUCGCCUGGUACAAUACCACGCAGCGUGGCGAUGUGUUAGGCACUUACUAUUGGCGUGGACGUAAUGCCUCCAGUGAGACUGAAUUGAACCCAAAAACGCUCACUUCGGGCUUAGAUGAUUACCCGCGUGCCUCUCAUCCCACCAACUAUGAACGUCAUGUCGAUUUGCGCUGCUGGAUAGCGCUAGCCGCGAGAGUGAUGAGCGACCUAUCCGACAUACUGGGUAAAGAUAGUAUUAAAUAUUAUGAAACCGCCUCCUUUCUCGCCGACAACCAAUUGCUCAAUGAACAGCAUUUGAGUCCCUUCACCGAGACCUAUGCCGAUUGGGGUCUACACACAGAUGCCGUGGUGCUUAAGCGUCCACAAGUGACCAAGCAAAAUCUGAAAAAAUAUCAACAACAACAAUUGGAAAUGGUGCGCGUCACCAUGAAGCAGCCAGAACGUCAAUUUGUCGACACCACAUAUGGUUAUGCGAAUCUAUUUCCCUUCCUACUGCAAAUACUCGACCACGAUUCAGUUUAUUUAGGCAAAUUGCUGCGCGAUUUACGCGACCCAAAUAUGUUAUGGACCAAUUAUGGUCUACGUUCCCUAUCCAAGAGCGCACCAUUGUACAUGAAACGUAAUACGGAGCAUGAUCCGCCAUAUUGGCGUGGUCCCAUCUGGAUAAAUAUCAAUUAUCUAGCGAUUAGGGCAUUGCAUCACUACGGCACCGUCGAGGGUCCAUAUACAGCGCUGGCGCGUGAAAUCUACAACGAAUUGCGUGAGAAUGUUGUAGACAACAUAUUCAGGGAAUACCAAAGAACCGGCUAUCUGUGGGAGCAAUAUGACGACACCACAGGGCAGGGCAAAGGCUGCUAUCCGUUUACGGGUUGGACUUCUCUAGUAGUACUUAUUAUGUCGGAGCAAUACUAAAAUUAAUAUUUAUAUCACUUAUUUCGCAUAUAGAAAUUGUACGCUAUAUGUAUAUGCAUGCCAACGUACAUAUGUAUGUAUUAUGUAAGUUUUUAUUGUUCAGUGUGAAUCGAAGAUCGUAGUGUUUAUCUCUCGUACUAAAAAGCAUAGUCUGCCGAUUUUCUUAAUAUUUCAGAAAUUGUGUUUCGCGCAACUUGCAAAAACAAUUAGAAAUAAAUAAUAAAAUACUAAGGCCAAAAAUUGUAUAAUUUUAAUUCGAAAUAAAUCAAUUCAAACAUAGAAAUGCUUAAAA